AUGGAGGACAGCUGUGGCGCCGCCGCCGCCGGCGCGAUUGCGGCAGCGGUGGGUGUCCUCAGCAGAUUGUCGAGCGAAGCAGCAGCACCACAGCAGCAGCAGCAACAUAAAGGCACAGUCGAGAUACAAGGCACGAAAUACACAACGGACGAUUGGUUCAAUGUCCCGCGCAACAUCAUCGACAAGGUCCCCCGCAAGCUGCACCUCGUCAAAGACCACCCCGUGUGCAUCACCCGGCAGAUCCUCGAGUCCGUCUUCCCUAGCCCGACGUACAAGUACCACAACAACUUUGAGCCUGUCGUCACGACGCACCAGAACUUUGACUCGCUGGGCUUCGCGCCUGACCAUCCCGGCAGGGCCAAGUCAGACACAUACUACAUCAACAAGGACACGCUCCUGCGCACCCACACCAGCGCCCACCAGGCCGACACCUUCCGCGCCAACCUCAGCGACGGCUACCUCGUCAGCGCCGAUGUCUACCGCCGCGACGAGGUCGACCGCAGCCACUACCCCAUCUUCCACCAGAUGGAGGGCGCUCGGAGCUGGGACCGCACCAAGGUGCCCAAUGGCGACAUUGCCGCCGCGGUCUGGUCGGACGUAGAAAAACUACCGAAGCACAACAUCAAGGUCGAGGACCCCAACCCGCCCUUCCACAAGGACAGGAACCCGCUGCAGAGCAAGUAUCACUCAGAGGCCGAGGCCGAGGCCAUCGCGGCGCACCUGAAGCGCUCGCUCGAGCUCAUGGUCGUCGAGAUCUUUACGCGGGCGCAGGCGGCCGCGAAGCGCGCCGACCCGGACUUCAACGACGAGCCGCUGGCCGUGCGUUGGGUGGAGGCCUUCUUCCCCUUCACCAGCCCGUCGUGGGAGCUCGAGGUCUACUAUGCGGGCGACUGGCUCGAGGUGCUGGGCAGCGGCGUGGUCCAGCAGGCACUGUACAACAAUGCCGGCGUGCCGGACCAGCUCGGGUGGGCGUUUGGCAUCGGCCUCGACCGCAUCGCCAUGCUGCUCUUCCAGAUCCCGGACAUCCGGCUCUUCUGGUCCCAGGACGAGCGCUUCACGCGGCAGUUCCGCGGCGUCUCGGACAACCUCGACUCCCUGAAGCUCUUCACCCCGUUCUCCAAGUAUCCCGGGUGUGCCAAGGACGUGUCGUUCUGGCUCAAGUCGACGUCCUCGGCCGGCGGGGCGGUCAAGGCCAACGCGCACGACUUUCACGAGAACGACGUCAUGGAGAUUGUGCGCAGCCUCUGCGGCGACGACGUCGAGGACGUCAAGCUCGUCGACGAGUUCACGCAUCCCAAGACCGGCCGGCGGAGCAUGUGCUACCGCAUCAACUACCGCAGCCUGGAGAAGACGCUGACGCACGAGGAGGCCAACGCCAUGCACAACGCCGUCACGGCGGCGCUGGUCGAGCAGCUGGGUGUCGAGAUUCGGUAA